CGCAUUCCUCGCGUUGGAAUUUCGCGUCCAGUUGUUACAGAGAUAUGCGGAGAGUCUCGCUCGGACUAUAAGGGACGAGUCCGUGAGUGCGAGCCGCUCGCGCAGUAAGCGUUUUACCGGCAAGCGCGAACGCUAGCGCCUUUUUAUCUCGAAAUUGAAAAGUCGAGUGUGGAUCAACCGAGCGUACCUAGUUUCCUUUGAAAUAGAAACUUUAAGAUCGUUGUUUGUGUCGAUCGUUGCAGUGCCUUUAAGCCUAUUUGAUUAAUUGAUUUGACCGUGGGUGUUGUCCUUCCAAUGUGAGGUCAUUGACUUCAUUUACUUCGACUUCUAUUGCGAUCUUUAUUUCUUCAUACGAGAUUGCAAGUGAAGAGAAAAGCAGCUAAAAUCAGUUAGUACUCAAGAUACAUAAAAAUGGACGUCGAGACGGGGGCCAUAUUGGCCCUGCAGAUUCUUGCUCUAUGUUCUAUCGUCGCGGCUCUUCUGGCUUAUCUAAUGCGUCAGUCACGUAACGCUAAUGAGGAAUAUGAAAUGCGUAGUAAGCGUUACGUCCUCGUUACAAGCUGCGAUACUUGUAUUGGUUUGCAACUUGCUUUGGCUCUAUCCGAAGCUGGCUAUAAGGUAUUCGCCGGGUUGCUCGAUCCAGCUGGUAAUUCACACGGAACGAAAAUUUUAGAAGCCGUGGAGCUCCAGCGUACAAGAGCAAAAGAUCUUGAGAGCGUGGAAGAAUCGCCAGUGGCGUCAUCAGAUGUACGAUCACCUGGCCAGAUUAUAACCGUGGAAUUAGACUCGACACGAGAAGAUAGUUUGCGUACGUGCUUUGAUGCUGUGAAAGCGAAGCUACCGGCUGGAGAAAACGGAUUAUGGGCAGUGGUGCAUACCGGUGGAUUGGCUUUGCCGGGAGUUAUCGAGAGGCAAGCGAGUUCGGCCUGGGAAUCCAUGCUCCGACAUAAUUUGGUUGCGCCUUUACGGGCUGCGCGCGUAUUCAUUCCACUGCUCCGAGCGAAAAGAGGUCGCAUAAUUUUACUGGGCGACUCAGACACGAGCUUCGGCUCGAUGGUGGGUGCUGGUCUCGUGGCCUUUAGUGCCUCUCGCAAAGCUGUUGAAGGCGCGGCGGAAGCAUUGCGAGCUGAGCUCUGCGUGUCUGGUGUCGACGUCGUGUUGCUCAAGCCACCGUCCGUGAAUCCACUGGCGCUUUACGGUCCCCCGGUUCUUAAAGCGUCCGAGAAGAAAUUAACAACGGAGUUGCCGGAAGGAACUUGGAUAGCCCCGCUGACAGCUCAAUCGGUAAAAUCUUCCUUAAUACCGGCACUCACGUCGACCUGUCCAUAUAAAUCUUAUAACAUGAGCAAGAGUUCUCGAAUUUUCUGUCGAUAAACCAAUCAGAAAUGGGAACAGUUUUUUAUGUCAUAUAUUAUGGAAUACUAAAUGUGCGCCAAAUAACUCUUUGUAACAUAUGUAAUUAUACAUAAUUUAUAGAUUUAUGCAUAAUCAUUUAUCUUGUACGGUGUAAUUCUUGUAUAAAUACUAAAAUAGU